AUGACAGCAACAAACAACAACAGCAACUAUAUCGUUUCUGAUGAAAAAUUUAUUGAUUCAUUAGCCGAGGAAUUAGUUGUGGCAGAAACUAAAACCCUCAACGAAAGAAUUGGUGAAAACAAGAUUGAUUUACAUAACUACCUCAAACACGAUGGAGGAAGAGGAAGAAAAACUGGUACAGCUUUAUUAGUAAAUAAAAUUUCAAAUUUAACGAUUAUAGAUGUUGAUAUCAAUAAAUCGUACAAUGAUGAACUUAAAGAAACAGUUAGAAAAGAUAUUUUAUCAAAACUUUCGGAUAAAGAUGUUAUCGUUAAAACUGCUUCAGGAGGUCUUCACAUUUAUUGCAACACUAAUUUCUUCUAUGCAGUUUCGAACAGAAUGAUUAAAUGUUAUUCCUGCAAUGAUUAUGAUAUCGAUAUCAUGACUUCUAUGGAUGAUUCAAAGCGUUCUUUAGUAGUUAUGGCUGAUUCAAGAGUUCGCAAGAAUGCAAUAGAACCAAUCAAUACAUACUCAUUCAUUCGUGGAAGUUACGACUCGACCAUAACCAGAACAGUGAAUGAUAUAUUAAAUGAUUUGAAUAUUAAGGUAAGAGUUGAACAGAAGAACGAAGAAAUAAAGACUAUCAUGAAUGAAAACAAAGAUGAAAACAUUGACGAUAAACUUGCCCAGAGCAUAGUUGAUGGCAUCAGUGAUUUUGAAGUACAUAAUGACGGUGGAAACAUGAAUUUAGAAAAAGAAGUUACAUUAUUCACACUGUUUCAAGCAAUUAAUUCGUUACCUAAUCAUUUAAUUAAUGAAGCAUACGAUAACGUUUAUAACUUCUGCAGCUUAACUGAAAAUGCAAAAAGUAAUUUUGAAAAAGCACGUAGUAGAUAUGCACAUUUAAUGACUUCUCCAUUUGUUUUAGUGAAGAUUCUAAAACUUUAUCAAAAGGAAUAUUAUGAUGAAUAUGUUUUACCUUUAUUACGUAAGCCAAAAAUAACAUUUGAUAUAAAACUUGAUGACUCGUUUUUGAUAACAGAUAUUAGACGCAAGGCUGAAAAUCAUCAGUAUAAAAACAGUUCUGAAGUAAUUGAGGAUUUAUCACGUGUAAUCCGUUUUGUAGAUUAUGGAAACAAAUACUUCAUUCAGAAAGAUUACAACAUACACGACAAAAUGAAUCAAAUAUCAUUCGUUCUUCAAUCAAACAUGAAAGA